AAAUCUAAAACUUACGUGGCUAAAAAUGAAAACAGGCAUUAAAAUAUUUUCGACCUUAAUUCAAUUCUUGUGGCAUUAAAAUAUUUUCGACUUUAAUUCAAUUCUUGUGCGAAAAACAAUAUAUGGCAACGUUUUUCGGUCCUAAGCCCUGUGUCCACGAUGCUGAAAAUCGGUCCGAGAAAUGUGUAACCAAUCAAGUGCUCGCACUUUUACAGAAAAACUGCAAGUUGAUUGGCUACACUUUUCUUGGACCGAAAUCUCGGACCGAUUUCCAGCAUCGUGGACACAAGGCUUUAGACAGGUUGAAACUUCCAGUUUUUUAAUUUUCCUUUUGGGCCCCAAAUAGUCACGGGCCUUUAAGCACCACUUAAGCGCGUUUAAUCGUUGUUACGCUACUGUUCAUGAGGUUUGAGACUUCUGAUUUCCCAGUUUACGCUCAGCAUCUCGCAGUUACGAGUCUGGACUUCGUGCGCGACCGAGUACUUGUCGAGAAUAUAUUGUAGAUUCUUCCGGCGACUGCGAAGGACACUAUCCGGGAACAUUGGUAGAAUCACGUGGCUGGAACAAAGAUCACACUGUCAGCAGCAGCACAAUUGCUGCCCAUUCUUCGUGUCUUCAACAAGGCACUGAUUUACCAGCAAAAAUAUGGCCAUGCAGACGCAAACCUCGGACGAAGUAACAUCCAACGAGAGUUAUAUUACGUCAAAACUCAGACUGGUGCGAUUGAUCGUGGUGCAAAGCUCGCUGGGCCAGAGACUGUUCGGCCUUGUCGAUAGCUUCCUGUGGACCGUGGAGAAAUGCGCGGAAUGGAGUCUACACUCUCAGGAAAUUGUCGCAGACGACGGAAGACUUGUUAAACCAGCGUACGUGAGACCGUUGCCGUGGUUCCUAUUUCUACCGAGCUUGAUGUUCCUACGUGGAAUCAGAAUGACGGCAAACUUGAGUGCUCGCAUAAUGGGUUACCCGGAGAUCACGCCUACGAAAAUGGUCAGAAUUGUGCAGAAUAGUCGCAAACGUGUACUCGCCAUAAAGAUGAGUGGAAGGAAGAAUAGGCAAGAUAGCAAGGACAAGAGAUUGUCGAUGCACGAGGCCAGGAAGGCCCUGAUCAGGUCCAUCCGCCUGACACUGUCAACCCUAUCCUGUCUGGACGCGUCCAAACCCUCCCUGUCACCACCGCCCACUAGAAUUCACGUCAAUAGUGCCUUCGGUGUUGAUGCAUCAUUGAGUUCAUCAUCAUCAUCGUGCACGCCACAAGACCAAGUAAGAACAUCGAGAUCGGAAUCGACGGAAUCGGACGCUACUUUGAAAGAUACAGUGCUAUCAGGUACUGACUCGGAAAAUUCGCCCGAGAAGGCAAAGGAGUCUCUGAACGAGAUGAUCGCACAACUUGCUCAGGAGAACAGUGUUGAUGAUAAGGAUUACGUACCAGAUGAUACAUACAAGGAUGAAAGCAGCACCGAAGAAGAUAGUACCGAAGAAGGUACCGAAGAAGAUAUAUCCAUGGUUGAGCUUUCCGACAUCGUCGAAGAGGCUAAUGAAUUAUUGGAUCACAAAAGCACAGGCGAUGAAUCGGAUACCGAUCGAAGAAUCAAGCAAGAUCUCAAAAAGGAAGUCAAACAAACGCCCAAGGGAGAAGUCAAACAAAUUUCCACGGAGGUAACUGAGCAAAGCUCUAAGAAAGCAACCGAAAAGGCAGUCGAGCAAAACUCUAAGAAAGCAACCGAGGAGGCAGUCGAGCAAAGCUCCAAGAAAGCAACCGAGCAAAACUCCGAGAAAGCAACCGAGCAAAACUCCGAGAAAGCAACCGAGCAAAGCUCCACGAAAGCAACCAAACAAAACUCCGAGAAAGCAACCAAACAAAACUCCGAGAAAGCAACCGAGCAAAGCUCCAAGAAAGCAACCGAACAAAACUCCGAGAAAGCAACCGAGCAAAACUCCGAGAAAGCAACCGAGCAAAACUCCGAGAAAGCAACCGAGCAAAGCUCCGAGAAAGCAACCGAGCAAAACUCCGAGAAAGCAACCGAGCAAACCUCCGAGGAAACAGCCGAGCAGAACUCUAAAGAGGAUCUCGCGCAGAGUCCAGAACAGCGAAUACUGUCGAGCGAAGAAAGCCGCGCUAAGGUGGACGAUCGCCUCACGAGAUCGCGGAGUCACGACUCGCUAGAGUGCUAUACGCCUGAUCGAUCCAGUCAGGAAGGCGAUCUCACCUUCUACUCGCCGAUCAGCUCGGACAGCGACACACCGAAGGAACACUCGGCGCCAUCCGCACCAACCGCCGACAAGAUCGUAAAGACAAACCAGUUCCUCAAUGGCGAGAUACAUUACGUCUCGGAAGCAAUGAUUUCAGAAUCAAAAUCACUCGAGGGGACCAACAACGGCGCAGUUGUAGAGAAGCGCAGUACAAACGUGAGUAAAAUCCACAGGGGUAAACGCACGAGUCAUGGCAAUCGCAAGAAAAAAUAGUCGAUCGAUCAAAACUCUAUAAAAGAGAGAGAGCGAGAGAGAGAGAAUGAAAAAGAAAGAACGUGUACGUGAGUGCAUGUGCGAGAUGUGCAUGUGUGUGUAAUUAAUGAGAAAGAACGAGAAAUAGAAAGAGAGAACGAAAGCUUCCCCUGGCGAGAAGAAAGAUUGCUAUCGGUGAUACAAUAUCACGUUGUAUCGCAAACGUCAUCGACGAGUUACGCAAUCAGCGAGAGUACGAUUCGAUAUCUGUUCGCCGCGAUCCCUAAGAUAUAAAAAAGAUAUCGGGCUGUCGAGAUAUCCGGACAAAGGCUCUCGGUGCUCUCGCUCAAAAAUUCCCGGGUUAUCGCGGAAUUAUUCGGCAAUUAUUCCACUUUUGGAUGAUCGCGGACGCAUCGCUUCGAUGAAAUAAAUUUGCGAUGCUCGUGUCGUCCGAAGUGCUCUCCUCCGGGCCGUAAGCGGUCCAAAGUGCGCUCUCGGUAUCGCGUUUGCUCGAGUAAUCGAGUGGUUCUCUCGAUAAUAAUGUAAUUAUAGUUCAUACGACGUGAUAGGACAGAAAAAACGAUUGGGUCGCCGUCUCUCAAUCGCGCUCCACAUUCGCGCGUCGCGCUCUCUUCGCAUUGGGGAUACGCAAUUCAGGGCGAUGGAAGAUUAAUCCUCCACACAAUUGUCGAUCAUCAUUGUUACUAGGUAAAGACGAUUAUACUUGAAUUGGACAGCUGCGACCGUUUUCCGAGCACGGUUCAGCGAUAAGUUUUACCAUUGAUUCGAUGGAGACAUCGUUGCAACAAUGUCAACGGAAUUGCAUCAAAGUCGCGACAGUUUGUUGUUCAAAGUACGCCAACAUUAUCGUGCUUAGACAAAACAUUGUCGCGUCUGCUUUGACAAUUAUGUAACUGCGAUUGCAACCGUGAACGUUGUUGCCUCGAUAAUGCAAAACGCAAACGCGUGCGAAAAUGCGGCUAAAGUCUGCGCGUUAUCUGCUAAACGCCAUUGAACCGUAUCUUCUUUUGAUACCCACUUAUUUAUAUGUAAUAACAUAACAUGUGCAAAAAUGAUUAUUACGUCUUACAUUCGAGUCUUAGCCUAUUAUGUAGACUAUUAUUCCAAUCAGUCAAGAUUUAGUUUUCCGAUCAAAAUAAUUGUAUUCCGUAAAUUGUGAAUUUUUAUUUGACAUGGUAGAAGCAAAACUACGAUAAAAGUUCAUGUAGGAAAUAAUUUAUAUCAUUUGAAUAUUUUUCCAAGUAGUAAUUGUUUUUACAUGUGCGAAACUAUUAUCGUUGCUACGUUCCCGAUAUUUUUUCUUCAUAUUUUAUUCAUUCUUUAUUAUCUUCCUCAUCUUGAUCAUUUCAAUUUUGAACAUCGAGAUACGAUAUGGAAUGUACGCGCAGAUCAUCGACAGCACUGUAAUUUAUAAUCUAAUAUUAUAAUUUAUAAUCCCAGUUAAUUAUAAUUAAUAAUAAUUAGUUAUAAUUAUUAUCUCUUUUUUUCGUGAGUGUAAAACAAACGUUUGCUGGAAUUGUUUCAUAUUAUCGCUAAAAAACGUGUACUAUGUUGAUCUUAUAAGAUAAUAAAUUAUUUAAUCUUAAA